ACCUAAGCCAACUGCGAAGGACGGAGGCGCCCGCGUUUCCAAAGCCAGGCGUGGAGGAAGCGCGAACUUUCCUCCCGCCUCAUCAGGUGUCCUGCCUCGGGGGAGAACAGUGAAAACCCAGAGGUUAACCUGCCAAAAAAAGCGCAUGUCCUUUCGAUUUCGGUUCUCCUCGACCCCACCCCAUAUCUGGUUGGCUGUAUUAUCCGGCUCGAUUUUCAGCUUCUCAAGAGAAGAGUUGGUACCCACAGGAGCCAGACGCAGGAGGAGCGCGCGAGGGGGGAGCGAGGGCUCCUGAGGACUUGUUCCCGGACUGCAGCACCGCGCCACGAACUGGGAGUUCAGAUCACUUUAUAUUAAUGAGCAAGCAAUUGCAUACCACGAAGACGUAGAAGAACGCAGACUAUUUCAGGCUUUGUAUCCUCUCUGGGAAGAACACACAGGAUGUGAAAAUUAAAUGGCCUGAGUCAUGCUGAACCAUGCUACCCUUGUUUCCAUCUGGGAUCCACAUGAGAUCUGAAACCAAGGGCAUUUGGAUGUGAUGUGUACCCCACCCUUCCAUGCCCAACGACACUCUGGUCCUUCUGGACACUGAAGGCCUGGAUGAUGUGGAAAAGACUUCGUUUGGGAUUUCACACUGGAACUGCAUUUAGAUGGACACCCCAUCACUGAUGAUGAGUAUCUGGAGAAUGCCUUGAAGUUGAUACCAGUGUCUGGCCUCCAAAGGAAAUCCGGAAAGCCCCACAACAUUGGACGGUUGAAAUAUAAGUCCAGCGAUCCAGUGAGACACGGAGAAGUAACUGCUCCACAGAAACUGAGGAGAAAAACAGACAUAGGAACACUCUGAACAUGGCCCCAGAGGUCCACAUGCCAGGCCCAGUGUGCCUCAUCGAGAACACUAAAGGGCAACUAGUGGCUAAUCCGGAAGCUUUGAAGAUCCUGUCUGCCAUUACACAGCCUGUUGUGGUGGUGGCUAUCGUGGGCCUCUACCGCACAGGCAAAUCCUACCUGAUGAACAAGCUGGCUGGGAAGAGAAAGGGCUUCUCUCUGGGCUCCACAGUGCAGUCUCACACCAAAGGAAUCUGGAUGUGGUGUGUGCCUCAUCCCAAGAAGCCAAACCAUGUCUUAGUUCUGCUUGACACUGAGGGUCUGGGAGAUGUAGAGAAGGGUGACAACCAGAAUGACUCCUGGAUCUUUGCCCUGGCAGUCCUCCUGAGCAGCACCUUCGUGUACAACAGCAUGGGAACCAUCAACCAGCAGGCCAUGGACCAACUGCACUACGUGACAGAGCUGACAGAUCGAAUCAGGGCAAAAUCCACAUCUGAUAAUAAUGUGGGUGAGGAUUCAGGUGACUUUGUGAGCUUCUUUCCAGACUUUGUGUGGACGCUGAGAGAUUUCUCCCUAGACUUGAAAGCAGAUGGAGAACCCAUCACAGCAGACGAGUACCUGGAGAAUUCACUCAAGCUUAAGCAAGGUACCAGUCAAAAAGAUAAAAAUUUUAAUCUGCCCCGACUCUGUAUCCGGAAGUUCUUCCCAAAGAAGAAAUGCUUUAUCUUUGAUCGGCCCACUCACCGGAAGAAGCUAGGCCAGCUUGAGACACUGCAUGAUGAUGAGCUGGACUCCGAAUUUGUGCAACAAGCUGCAGCCUUCUGUUCCUACAUCUUCAGCAAUUCCAAAACAAAAACUCUUUCAGGAGGCAUCAAGGUCAACGGAUCCCGUCUAGAGAACCUGGUGCUGACCUAUCUCGAUGCCAUCAGCAGUGGGGAUCUGCCCUGCAUGGAGAACGCAGUCCUGGCCUUGGCCCAGAUUGAGAAUGCGGCUGCAGUGCAAAAGGCCAUUGCCCACUACGAUCAGCAGAUGACCCAGAAGGUGAAGCUGCCCACGGAAACCCUCCAGGAGCUGCUGGACCUGCACAGGGCCAGUGAGAAAGAGGCCAUUGAAAUCUUCAUCAAGAGUUCUUUCAAAGAUGAAGACCAUUUAUUUCAAAAGGAAUUGGCGAACCAGCUAGAAAAAAAGCGGGAUGACUUCUGUAAACAGAACAUGAAAGCAUCAUCAGAUCGUUGCUCAGCUUUACUUAGGGAUCUUUUCAGUCCUCUAGAAGAGGACGUGAAGCAGGGGAUUUAUUCCAAACCAGGAGGGUAUCGUCUCCUCAUCCAGAAGACACAAGAGCUGAAGGAAAAGUACCUUCAGGAACCCAGGAAGGGAAUACAGGCUGAAGAGACUCUUCAGACAUACUUGAGGUCCAAGGAGUCUAUUAUUGAUGCAAUUCUACAGACAGACCAGACUCUCACAGAAAAGGAAAAGGAGAUUGAAGUGGAACGUGUGAAAGCUGAAUCUGCACAGGCUGCGGCAAAAAUGUUGGAGGAAAUGCAAAAGAAGAAUCAGCAGAUGAUGGAACAGAAAGAAAAGAGUUAUCAGGAACACGUGAAACAAUUGACUGAGAAGAUGGAGAGAGAUAGGGCCCAGCUGCUGGCAGAGCAGGAGAGGACUCUCGCUCUUAAACUUGAGGAACAGGCCCGACUACUAAACGAAGGAUUCCAAAAUGAGAGCAGACAACUUCAUAAUGAGAUACAGAAUCUCCAGAAGAGGAUGGCACAACCAAGAAGGAGAUGUGUCAUAAGCUAAAGACCUAAAGAAUAGAGCUCUCCUGGUCACUCUUACCCAAGGCAUAACUCAAACUUGUAGAAUUUGGAAAAAUGUCACUACACUUAAUAUUAGGUCUUGAAUUUUUAUAACACAAAAAACUUGCAAAGACAUGUGGUGCUAUAAUUGAAGUCAUGUCCACCUUCUAACAAUAUUGUUAAUUGUGUUACAAGGAUUUUACCUCUGUACCAACAUAGGAGCUAUCAUGAGCUGAUUCCUCUCAGGAGAAGCUUAUUCUUCCAGAUGACCACUGGUAGACAAAUGGAUAAAGAACAAAGCCUUAGGUAAAAGUCUUGGAACAUAGUUGAGCAUCAGUUUGGUCAAGUGUACAAUGGAGUCCAAUGUCAGGAAGAACCAUCCUAGCUUCUGCUUAGUGAAGAUGCUGUAUAAUUUUCCAUUGUACCAAGACUGUACAGUCUGAGCAGUGGUGUGAUUCCUGAGCACUGGGAAUGGACAAUCUGCACUGAUGGGUUCCAAGCUAAAGCCAAUCAUCUUAUAUAGCGAUCUAGAAUCUCUACAGAAUUUCCAUAGGAAGAUGGAAGAAACCAUUAGCAUGAGUAGGAGUUGGGUCAUAAACAAAUGGGCUAUAUAAGGAAACUUUCUCUCUUUGCUAAAUUCACCAGAUUAUAACUUUAAUGGGAUACUUUAGAACUUUAAAUAAUUGACACUGGACUAAACAUUGUAACACGAUAAUUACGCGUUUUGUAUUUGUAGUAAUGUAUAAUUCACAAAGAUUGACUUUGAAUGAUGACGGAUAAUGCGUUAGGAAACUGAACUACUUAAUUAUUAGAUUGUUUAUAAUCCUAAAGCUUAGGCCAUCUUUCCCAGUUCUCAACAGUCGUACUUGAAAGCUUACUGAUUUUCCCCAGAGAAUAUGGAUCUUUUCGACUAUUUUUUUGACGAAUAAAAUAAUGCUCUUGGUACUACACAGCAUAUGUAGACUUCAUCCUAGUUGCCAAAAGUCCUGGGUAAAUCGUUGGUGUUUCUUAAAGCAAUUAAGAAUUGUUUACUUAAUAAUAAAUUAAAAUAUGGAAAUAAAAUACGCUUCACUAGG